GUGAAGUACUGAUGUCACUUUCGUCUUUUGUAUCUGCAAGGCGUGGGAGAAAAAUAGAAUCAAGAUCCUUCCUCUCCUUUUCCUUCCCCACUCUUUUUUCUUCUUGUUCAUCUUCUGUAUCUGAAUCCCUCCUUUUCAAUUCUUGCCUUAAUGAAGCCAUUACUUUCCUAAUUUUCUUUAAUGGUUGUAAUUUGAAAAAAGGAGCUUAUUUAUUCAAAAGGCCUUUAAGCUUUAACAUCUGAGCUAGCUUCUACUCUCAGGCUCUGAGGCAGUUUGCUUCUACUGUGUGUGGAUUGGGGGCAAAAGAAGAAGAAGCAGAGCAGAUGGGAUUGAUCCCAGGGACCAGGCAGCCACUGCACAAGCCUGGAAAGGGCGUAUCUUCAAGAUGGGUCUUCUUGCUUUGCAUUGCAAGCUUUUGCUUCGGUGUUCUUCUAGUCAACAGGUUGUGGUCAGUAGCCAUCACAACAGUAGAGGAGGGGGGUUCUCCGGAACAGCUAAAGUCAGGAGGUUCUCACCCUGUUGCUAAGUGCCAACAUAAUAAGGAAAGAGAUAUACUAACCCGGGUUUCUCAAACACACAAUGUGAUAAUGGAGUUGGAUAAAACAAUAUCAACUCUGGAAAUGCAGCUUGCUUCAGCCAGAGCUGCUAAAGAAGACAAGGGGGGAAAAGAUGAUGUUGUUGAAGGAAAACUAGGGAGUGAACCUUUGACUGAUCGUCCAAAACAUUUUUUUGUCAUGGGAAUCAUGACAGGUUUCAGCAGCAGAAAGCGGAGAGAUUCAGUUAGAGAAACUUGGAUGCCUGGAGGAGAAAAUCUGAAGAAGUUGGAAAAAGAAAAAGGUAUUAUAAUACGUUUUGUGAUAGGCCACAGUGCGGCUCGAGACGGAGUCUUAGAUCGUGCAAUUGAUGCAGAAGAAGCACAACAUAAAGAUUUCUUAAGACUGAAUCAUGUAGAGGGAUAUCAUGAAUUACCCACAAAAACACAAAUCUACUUUUCAACUGUUUCUGCAAAAUGGGAUGCUGACUUCUAUAUCAAAGUUGAUGAUGAUGUGCAUAUCAAUCUUGGUAUAGUGGGCUCAAUAUUAGCUCGCCAUCGCUCUAAACCUCGUAUUUAUGUUGGUUGCAUGAAGUCUGGACCCGUUCUUGCAAAAAAAGGUGUCAAGUAUCAUGAACCGGAAUACUGGAAAUUUGGUGAGGAGGGUAACAAGUACUUUAGGCAUGCAACUGGACAAAUAUAUGCCAUCUCCAAGGAUUUGGCUACUUAUAUAUCUAUUAACAGGAACAUACUUCAUCGAUUUGCGAACGAAGAUGUUUCUCUUGGGUCUUGGUUUAUUGGCCUCGAUGUAGAGUAUAUAGAUGACCGGAGCCUAUGCUGUGGGACACCCCCUGAUUGCGAGUGGAAGUCACAGGCAGGGAACCUUUGUGGGGCAUCAUUUGAUUGGAGCUGUAGCGGAGUGUGUAAAUCAGUAGAAAGAAUGGAAGAAGUACACCAGAGAUGCGGUGAGGGUGAUGCAGCAAUCUGGCAUACCAGCUUUUAAUACCCUCAAUAUCUUUUAUUAUUAUUAUUAUUAUUGAUUCUUUAGAUGAUCUUUGUGAUUUUUCUUCUUCUUGCCCCUCGGGAGGUGUAUCAUGAUAGUCAAAUGUAUAUGCAUAUUUGUGGCAAUCCGAAACCGGGCAGUUCAUUUCUGUGCCAAUUUUUGCUCAUCAAGGAUUGCUACUUCUGUUGGACAAACAAACCUGCAAAGAGAUAUACUACUAUUAGUUUUUACUUUGUUGUACAAAUCCCUGAUGUGUUUUAAAUCAUUUACUCCUUUUUAUGUCGUUAUAUGGUGACUGUCAUGGUGGACUCUUAGAGAGACUGUAUCCAUGGAUGUAACUCAAGCAAUGUUAAAGACGAUUUAAUCAUGACUUUUGGUGCAGAUAACAGCUUCUUUAACUCUUGUGAAUGGACCAUCCGAG